AUGAUUAAAUACUUUGAAAUGCAAUCCACUCAGGUGUCUGUUGAUCAGAAGAGAGAUUACAGUCUCUUGCAGAUGGGCACCCCUACCCCUUCUCCCAUCCCUCUUGUCCUUGAGGCUUUCCAGGAUGCUUUUCAUUCCACCUCUUCUGCACCCGAUUUUCAACCACCAACUCCUAAAAAAAACAGAAUUUUCAGGGUGCCUGAUGACCUAAAAUAUUUUUACAAGAAUCUAGUGGCAGACCCUUUUGCAGUAUCUCUGUUUUCAGGUGUAAGUGAUGAAGAAGAUCAGAAACCAGUCCGUCUCCCACUGAAGGUACCUGUGGAGCUGCAGCCACGAACUAAUCAUGCAUGGGCUCGAGUGCAGAGCCUUGCUCAGAAUCCACGACUAAGAAUGAUAGUAGAGCUACACCGGAAGGUCUCUGGUCUUAUAGAGUUCCUGAAACAAAAGUGGGCAUUACAUGAAGUACGAGUUCGAAAAACACUAGCAGAGAGGCAGCAACAAAAUUGUCGAAUUCAGCUGCAAGUUUUAGAGCUUGAGGAAAAGAAGGAUCUUCAUUUGUAUCCUGCCGAGAACUGUACCAUUAUGGCACUUCCUGGAGUGGCAAGGGUUGUCCAUUCCAAGGCUUUUUGUACUGUGCACUGGCAAGAAACUGGGAGGUGUAAACAGAGCACAAAGGACUCCCACUUGCUUCCUCCUGCUCAGCUUUUAGGUAUACAAAAUACGCAAAUGGCAGCUCGGGGGCAUCUGAAGAAUAUUCGAAGUGCUGUUGACAUUAGAUGUGUGACUGGGAAAGGAGAAGGUAGCACUGACAUAAGUAGGAAUGUUUCAUUGCCUGUUGACUCCUCUCAUAUGGCAGAGGAUAAUGUCCAGGAGACUAGCCUCUCUGAAGGAGCAUUAGAUAGUAUUGGGAGUUCACAUUCAAGUGAUGGUACAGUUUGCAGACAACAAAACCUAGUAGAGAAUGUAGAGCAUUUGACUGACCCUGAAACGUUAAGUACUGGUGUUUCCUUAGUUGAGUGCAGUGACCAAGAAGCACUUACCCCUGAGGUUGCAGCACUAAAGGACAAUGGCAGUUGUGUUUGUGGUCGUUUGGUGGACCCUGAUGAACUUUCUACGAUUGAUCCAGUCCCUCACUACAUGAAAUCUUGUCAGGACUUGGCUGCUCCAGAGAAGUGUGUAUGUUUGGAAAAGGAGCAGAGUACUGAGAAAGAUGUCUCUGAUGUGAAUAGCAGUGCUGUUGAACGUUCUGGAGUUACUGAAAUGUCUGGUUUUAAUUCUAUGCAGUUAAUAAAUAGGGUUGAAUCCCCAAACAGUGGUACCUCUGGCUGUGAAAUGCAAAUAGGAGAUGGCCAUGGGGGAUCACAUUCUGACAUUUGCACUAAAGAAGGUUUGGUCAGUGGAUCUGAUGAGAACUGUCAGGAUAGGUCAGCCUCAUUGCUUCCACAAUCGUCUCAGGGACAAUCGGUUAACAAGCCAUCAAAGGAAGAUUCAACUCGGCUAGCAGAGCAGGUCCAAGAGGAAGGCUGGAACUUCAGGAAUGCUGAGAACUUAACACUGGCUGAAGUGUACCUCAUGAUGGGCAGACCAAACAAACUGCAACUAGAGUAUGACUGGGUGCAGACACAAAGACAGGACGUGCAGGAGACAGGCGAGCAGCUGAUUACUGCAGAGUGUAGUACUGUUAGUCAUAAACAAAAGCUGCUGAAGUCUCUUCUGCAGCUUAUUGCUACAGAAGUCAAUCCCAAACCUUCUCCAGAAACAAAUUCUGUUGCAACCUCUCCAAUGAAAACUUCUUUAGAAGACCAGAAUUUUACCCCACCUGGGAAGAUUAUCACAGUAAAUACACGAAGCCCAAGCUGUGCUCGAAGCAACUCUUCUGUGCGAAGCAACAAAGCAUUUUCCCCAACUAUUGGCCCCUCAGGUUUGCAAAACAUGCCUAGGCCACUCGUGGUUAUGGGAGCACACAGUUCCGGAAACAGUGAUGCAGACAGUGGUGUAUUUGCCAUUCCCACAACCCUUCCACCAAACAGUCGUCAUGGGAAAGUGUUCUCUCCAUGCAAAGAUGAUGAGCUCAAUUUCCGUCAGCAGCUGGAUUCUCUUAGUAGAACCCUGCUGCCAAGACCAUCCGGCAACUCAUCCCAGCAUGUCUGCUCGUUCUCCAUCCUCUCCAACCCCUCUUCUACAGGCACUGGCUCAUUUCGCCCCAUCCAGUCUGUAUCUAAGACUGCAGUUUCUCGUCCCAUCAUUCCAAAAGCUAUUAAAACACCAGCUGAUGAUGAUCUGUCUAGUGCAGUUGACUUUGCAGCCAAGACUGCAGGCAUUUUCCCCAACAGCCCACUAGUAUGUGCAGAAGGAUCUGAAGGCAUCACACCGUUGUCCCCUGAACCUGUUUCAUCUAAAAUUAAUACCUUGCCUAUAGUGGAACAGGAUUUGGCUGUACACCUUCAGAAUGGAGUCACCAGUAUCCCAUCUACACAGGAUACUCCAGUGCUUCCUUUGCCUGAACCGUCCAAGUCCUGUCUUGAGAAUGGCUUGUCCUCUUCAUCUGAAGGCACAAGCAUGGGGUUGUCUCCUCCAGUUGUUGCUGCACUGCUGGAUCUUUCUUUGCCUGGUCCACCUGAGGAUGUUCUUUCUCAGGGAGCACCAGUAACUGAGAUCAGCGACUCCAUUAUCGAAAUUGCAAUCAGUUCAGCUCAGUAUGGUGAGAGAGGAUCCCUAUCUCCCGCUAAGCUGAAUGGCAGCGACAGCUCCAAAAGUCUCUCAUCCCCUUCCACCAGUCCGCAGGCCAGCUGGAUUGCUUCUCCAACACAUGAUCCUCAGUGGUAUCCUAGUGAUUCUACAGACUCUACACUGGGAAGCUUGUUAUCAAGUCUGAUUUCUCCAGAGAAGAGCCGAAAGACUAUGCUGGUAUCUCCAGGAAACACAAGUGGUACUUCUCUGCUAGGACCCAGUCUACUAGAUGGAAAUUCACGGGAUUCAUUUGUCUCAAGACCACUAGUGGAUGUUGGAGAGGUGGACUCCCAACUUGCGUGCAUGAUGAGUGAGAACAGUCUCGACUACAUCUCCCGAUUCAAUGACCUUGCCCAGGAACUCACGGUCAGUGAACCAUCACGCAAGGAAAUCCUGUUUGACAGUAGUGGUCCUCCAGUUGGUGACCUUUCCCAGUGAAGGUGGACAGAGUUGAAUAAGCUUGUAGAUAUAACGAUAGUUCUCUUGUGGAGUUGGACAAUGAAUGGAUGAAAUGGGUUAAUCUCAGUAACUUAUCAACUGAAGCACCUUUACUAGUGCUUAGUUUUGAAGGUGGACUUAAAACUGCUUCUGACAAUUGUGCAAUACACUGGGAAAGGACUAUGUAGUUUACAAUCAGUAUUAGAGAAAAUUGCAGGAUCACUAAAACACAAGCAUAUAACAUGAGCUGAGCCUAGAAGCAAGCCCAGAUCAUGGCUUCUUGUGGCAGGCAUGGAUCAUUACUCAGGUAUCAAGAUAACUGAAUCAGUGCUGUAACACAGCAGAGUCCCUUACUGAUAUGCAUAUGCUUAUACAGGAAUCUUUUGCUUGUGAGCUGUCCCCUAGACAGUACAUGCCCAAAGUAAAAUAUUUCAAACAUUGCUGUGUCUGAAUUGUGAACAUUUUUAAAGUUUUAACAAAUUUCAGACUAGCUGAUCUGCUGAGCUCCAAAGAUUCCUUUCUGUGUAAAGGAUGUCUGCAGUACUGGCUCUAGCUAGUUUGUGUAAUGAUGUCUUGGCCGUCUCCAAUGAAAUGAUUGGCUGCAUACCUCCCAUGUGAACAUGAACGUGCCUAAGUGCACUGCCUUAUUUCUGUACAGUGAAAUCUUUUUUUUAUGUUUGUUUCUCCCAAGGUUAUUAGAACACCUCAAAACUGACUUGCGUUCUUGACUCUCUACUUUUGUUUAUCCAGCAUUUAGUGGCAGCACAUCAGAACAGUUUAUUCAUCAGUGCAGUCACAACCUAUUAACGAAAAGCAAUUUCUCUACUCAUAACAGAACUUAGCAGAACCUUGCUAUUAUCACCAACUUUAGAAGCACCUUAUCUUGUGGAAUGGACAAACUGUCAUUUGAAGUGUGCGUAUCGAGAGACUGGAGCACAGUGCUAACCAUGAAACAGCAGUCAUCAUCAGCUUGCACAAUUGCUUGUACUUUAGCUGUCCAGGUGUCAUAUUGUGUAGAUGAUUACCAUAAUGUUUUUUUUUCUUUUGGGAAAGUCUAAGUAAAUGUAGUUUCAGUGGCUUUGUAACGUGACUCUAGCUGUAUUUUGUUAGCAUUAUAUUUUAGUGUUCAGAACCUUAAAAGCUGAAUUGACACAGAUAUACCCUUGCAUACUUGUACAUGAAUGACAGCAGAAGAUCUGUAGUAUAAUUUUGGGGUAGCCAUAUAUUUGUUGCACUUUACAUAAGUGGUUCUUAUGGCUUUCCUUAACAGGCAUUUCUGGAAUGGCUAAAGUUACAGCUUUUAUGUAAAAAUAAGUUCUUUACAACUGGUUAACCCUUUUGUUAACAUUGUUUUACUAAUGUCCUUGUGAUGUAGUUUAAAGAAACAAAAGAUGAUGAAGAGGAGGAUGCAGCUGCUAAUUUUUGUCAGCCUUUACUAAUCUAGGAAAAGGCUUAGGUAGUUUAAUAUGUACAUAUAGAUGCCUUUGGAAAUUAUUUCUGCCUAAAUAUCUAGUAACACAGAAAGUUUCUGCUGAGAAGGAUGUGUACAUUUGUUGUCUAUAUUGGGGCUUCCAUUUUUAUCACUGUUUUAUUUUGUGAAGCUAAUUGUGUGAAAAUGUGUGCAUUCCUCAGCUAAUCUUCAUUUUGCUGCCUUUUGGCUAAACCCAUUAUACUAGUUUCUACAAAGCUUUCUGUCCCACCAGUUAUUCAUUGCCACUCAAUGUGGCAGAUAUGUUUGCCUAUUAUCAGUUAUGCUGGAGACUGCAGAGUGAAAUGGAGGAGGGGGGUUGCCAUCUACAAAGUUGGGAACAUUGUGUUUUUCUGCUUUGUAAGGAGUGGCUUGAAACUGGUUACCUGAAAGCAUGCAUGUAGCAUCCCAUUCUCUAUGUAGCUCACAAGAGUAUCUAGUAAUAAAUUUUGUAUGCCCCCCCCCCCCCCUGUUCAUGCCAUCUUUGGAGUUUGCGACUACACCGUCUUCCCAAGUUCAUGCCACACCAGCACAGCUGCAGUGAUUGUAUUGCUGCAUAUGAAACUGGUGAUCUUUAACUUGACUAACAAAUGUAUUUUGUCUUAGUCUGCUGAAGUGACUCUCUUAUUUUGUACAGCUGUGGUACAGUUAUGACUUACUAACUCGUAUCUUUGUCCAUGUAAUAAAUAUCUAGCAUUAUGUCCAUUUCCGACCUUCAGAAUAGUGUAGGUAUUUUCAGUGGAGCUGUCUGUCUUUACCUGACAGUGCUGUUAACUUGUGCACCUCUCCUCAACACCACCUCCAGUUUGUGUUUUACUUUCUUGGUGCACGUGUUUCCAUCAGAGACGGUUAAUGCUGUAGUUGUUGGCCUGCAACGUUUCAAAGCCUUGACAGCCUUAAAUCAUUUAUAAAUGUAUUCUGACUCAUUAGUCACAAACUGUUUACAGCAGAGAAAAGUCAUUGACAUUAACUUAAUGGGUGACCAUAUCAUUAUAAUCAUUGUAGAAAACAGCUACUAAGGUCAGUAGAAUGUCAUUUAUUUCUGACUUGCACCCAUAAGCAUAAUUACUUUAAGAAUAAAAUUGUCAGAACAGUGCAUGGAUUUUGGAUAUUUAGGUGUAUAAAAUGUGGGUGCACAUUACUUGAUAAAUGAAGAUAUUUUGGGGGUUCUGCAGCACAUUGAAGUAAACAUGCUUAAAAUAUGACUAUCCAGCAUUGUAAUUAUGCAUUGUGAAAGCUGUUUGGCAGGAGCUGUUACCUGAUUGUGAACAAUCUUCAAGAGAUUCAGCUUGACAUAGAACGGUUUAUAAAAGUGUCAUUUAAUUCAA